UUAAUCUAAUACUAAAUUUUGUUAAAAUAUUUUACUUAAUGAUCACUUCGACUGUAUUUGUGUUUUGAUUUAAUACUUAAUUUAAUUUCAACUUGGACUUGGACUUUGAUUUUGAUUUGGAAUUUUUAUUUAUUUUUUUAACGGCACUCAGUUGAGUUCCCUUCGACUCUUUCAUGCGGCGACCUCUUCAUCGUCUCCGACUCUUCGUCACCGACUUAUCUUCUACCAUAACCACCACCUCCAUGUCUUCUUACCGUGGUGGUCGGAACCACCCGCGGAGGAAUUUGUCCGACCGUCCCUUUAUUGGUGGAAGAAGAGGCCAUUACGUUUCCGAUGGCUCCCAUUUCCGGCCAGUCCGGGAGGCCAAUCUAGGGUUCCACCAAGGUGAGGGGGGAAGCUUCAGGAAUGACUCCGAGUUUCCAAUGCCGGAUCGGCCACCUCAUCCUAAUCAAAACCAGCAGUUUCGGCCGGGCUUCUAUCAGAACCACCAGCAGUUUCGACCUCCAUUUCCACCUUACAGUUAUCAGAACCAACAAUUUCGUCGGCCUCCGGCUCUGCCGUUUGAACAUAAUCAACCGCGCAGGGUAGCUCUAGCUCAUCAAUACCGGCCUCGGCCUCGGCCUCCAGAUUUUCGAAAUUGGGAGUUUGCCAAAACUUCACCGCCAUCAACUAGUGAGCGGUUUACAAUUCUCUCGUAUAAUAUACUGGCUGACUAUCUGGCUACGGACCACCGAAGCAGACUUUACUAUCACAUUCCUCGUUACAUGUUGGAUUGGCAAUGGAGAAAGAAAAAUAUACUCUUCGAGCUGGGAUUGUGGUCCACUGAUAUAAUUUGUUUUCAGGAGGUCGAUAGAUUUCAGGGCCUAGAAGAGGAGUUAAAGUUUCGAGGAUACAGUGGCAUUUGGAAGAGGCGGACUGGUUAUCAUGUUGAUGGGUGUGCAAUAUUUUGGCGUUCAUCGAGAUUCAAGUUGCUGCAUGAAGAAUCUAUAGAGUUUAAUAAGCUUGGACUUCGAGAUAAUGUUGCUCAGAUUUGUGUAUUGGAGUUGCUAAGUCAAAAAUGUGAUGAAAAUGCUGCAGCUCUACAGACAAGCUCAACCAGUUCAAAUAAAGUUGUAGUUUGUAACAUUCAUGUGCUUUUCAACCCUAGAAGAGGAGAAAUCAAGCUUGGCCAGGUCAGGACGCUCCUUGAUAGGGCUCAUGCAGUUUCAAAGGUCUGGAGUGAUGCUCCAGUUGUUCUUUGUGGGGAUUUUAAUUGUGUCCCAAAGAGUCCAUUAUACAAUUAUAUCUCAGAACAGAAGUUAGAUUUGUCAGUAGUUGAUAGGAAUAAAUUGUCAGGACAAGCUUCUGCUGAAAUUCGUGAACAAAGAACUUAUAAUCCUAAUUAUGGUGUCAAGUCUGGUGAUAAUUUGGUUAGAGCUCCACUAAUGGUACAAGGUAACGAAGUUGUCAAGAUGAAUGAAUCAUCAUUAGACAUGCAGAAACCAUUUGAUCUAGAUAGCAGUCCAGAGAACUUGCCCUUGGUGGAGAACUUCUCUCAACUUCAUUCUCAUAAUGCUUUGAGUGUGAAUGAUAGGUCAAGCACCAGCACAGAUCAUGAAAGAAAUGAUGUCAAAGUAGGUGAUGAAGUGAAGGAAGAAACUCAGAAGACUCCUGUCUAUGAACCUAGUGAUAGCUGUACAUCAACUUAUGGUAUUUCAGGUGCUAGCUUACGGAAAGAUAUAUGUACAUCUUACUGUGAGGGUGGCUCCUCAACUGGUAAUUUGACUCCUGAGAAAAUGGAUAACUCAAUCAAUUUAUUAUUUACUGGAAGUUCUGAACCGACCAAUUAUUUAGAAGAGGAAAGAAAAAGCUGUGAUAAUAUUUUGCAGUCCUUACCAGAUGUAACUUGUUCUUUCAUGGUUGAGACUGAUGCAAAGGCCUACAGCCAGACUACCUCAUCAUGCGAUAUUAACAAGACUUCUCCACAGAACUCUGAAGAUUCAUCCCCCCUGCAAGUCUGUAGUGACAGGCAGGGUGACUUCUCGGACACAAGUCAAGCACACUUGGCAUUUUCACCUACUAGCAUUGAGGUACAAGAAAAAGUUGACAAUUUAACUUUAGAUGAAACCAUGAUUGGUGGAGGAAAUAUAGCUGAAGAUAGUAGUACUUUUUUAUCGGCAUUACACAACUAUGAAGAGGAUUUUUCUUGCGAUCCUGGUCAAUUGCUAAGAUCAGGCACUGUGAACUCUAACCCUUCAUCAAACAUUGGAGUUGAAGGUGACUUGCCUACAGAUUUGGAUCUGGAGCAGCCUCUUGAAGUGGAGGAAAAUUUUUAUGACCCAUCAUUAUGGACUCCUGCAGACAUAGAAACUGCAACAGGCAAUGCAACAUGUACUUUUUUAGAACAUCCUUUGAAGCUUAAAAGCACGUAUACUGAAGUCGAGGAUUGUUUGGGGACUAGAGACUCAAAUGGAGAGCCCCUUGUAACCAGUUAUCAUAGAUGUUUCUUGGGAACAGUUGACUACAUUUGGCGUUCUGAAGGGUUACAGACAGUCAAAGUGCUAUCUCCUAUACCAAAACAUGUUAUGCAAGCAACUCCAGGAUUCCCAACAAAGAAAUGGGGUAGCGAUCAUAUAGCCUUAGCUUCCGAAUUAGCAUUUGUCAAAGACAACACUAAUAACAAAGUAGAUGUUUAGCAGUGAUAUCGUUAAGCAAAGGUAAAUACCAUGCUUGUCACAAGACAUAUAGGCAGCCAUUCGGUUGAUCUCCGCUUUUGCAUAUUUAGAAUGCAGCUCGGUGAUGCUAUUAUUUAGUUAUUUAUAUUUAUGUAUUUAUAUGACAUUUUCAGUAACAAAUCUAUUGGAAUUAUUGUUACGAUUCUGAGAGCUUCUAAUUUUGCUGAGAGGAAGUUCCACAAGCUGUUUUCAAAUCAGUCAAGUCGUAGCCAUUUCAGAGCAUUUCUUAUGUAUAAAUAUAGUUACUAGUCCUCUAGUUGGGGUUGUUGUUAUUAUUAUUAUUAUUGUUUGUAGUUUUGUAUUUGUAUGUAUCGUCCGAUUUCGACAAGGAAAAUGCACUAAUGACUGUUUAUGUGACAAGUUAAUGUAAACAGCGGAUUGAACAUGGCAAAUUCAAGUAUUUUCCUUUUCUUUGGCCA